AGAAGAUCACCAAAGCUCACAAAGAGGCAGUGUCCCACAGGGUAACAGAAAGGCAAAAUUUCUAUGCCUGACUCCACCAGAAAAAGUCCAGGCAGCUGGGCUUCUUGAGAACUUCCUGAGUCUUUUUCUCACUUAUCUGCGGGAAUGUCCAGACAGACCCUACUUCCAGGACACCAGACAACUUGUCUCAGGCACUGGCUAUGAAUCUGAAAAGUUCUUGUGUCCAGGUGAGUUUGAGGUACUGUUCAGCAUCCCUGUUCCUGAUUGUGUUCAGUACACUGAAGUGGAGAACUACAGUGGUCUGUUUUACUGCCUUACUCUCGUGAAAAAGUCACACAGCUUCCCAGCAGCCCUCCUCCUGGAGGAUGGGAAGACAAUAUCCCCAAGGAACGUCAUGGAAGAAUUCUGGAAGCAAGUGGACCGUUUCAUUCAAGCUUUUUAUUCAGUGCCUUUUCCAGGAUGGCAAAUGAAGCUGAAGAAAAAGAAGGCCAACUGUCCAGCAGUCAACCUGGUGAUUCAGGACAACCAAGACACCAAGUUCAUAUCCAUAGACCUUAUCCCUGCUCUGGAAAUGGCUAGCCAAUGGCCGUGUACAAAAAAGGUCAAGGAUUUGCUUGAGGAAAAUGAGCAGCUGCAGCUGAUGAGAGUGUUUUACUUUAUGGCUGAGCAGCCCCCUGGGAGACUCAACAAAGAGACUUGGAAGAUUUCUUUCUCUCAUGUGGAAAAAGAGAUUUUGAACUGCCAUUGGAGCCCUGAAGCGUGCCGCAGGUACCAUAUGAAGGAAUGCUGCAGGAAAGAGUGUCUAAAGAUGCUGGAUGACCUUGUGGAUGCCCUCAAGAUGGAAUAUCCUCAGAUGUUGGCUCAUCUGAGUUCCUAUCACACCAGGACAUCCUUCCUGCACACCCUCUGGGAGUGGAAAAAUAAUGAAGACUGGAAGCCCUCUGAGGUCUCUCAGUGUUUCUCAAGGGUCUUGGCCAAUUUCAUUCAUGAGGUGGCCACAGCUCACCUGACCCAUUUCUUCCUUCCCAAAUGCAAUCUGUUUGGUGCGAAGUUCUUCCCUCCAACUAAGCUGAAGUUCUUGUGGGCCCGCCUGAGAGAGAAGGAAGGAACAACGAAGACCUUCACAGUAUCACGCAAGAAAGCUUGUUCUGCUCUGGUGGUGAAUCCUGACAUGAGCUGGCCGAUCAUGAUAACACUUGGUCUGAUGGUUCUGGUGUCCAUUGUUAUCCCCCAUAUUACACUUUAAAAAUUGCAAGACACUUCUGUUGUCUUUACAGUAAGAGUAAGCAUAGUUUAGAAUAGUUAGUGACAAAGCAAACCAGUCCUGAUUGAACUUGCAACUGAGGACUGUUUCUGAGGUAAUGUUUGGCCUCCAUAGGAAUGACUUAUAUGGAACUGGAAUGGAAAAAUGUGAUACAGAUAUGGGGCGGGUGAAGCCUACACAAGAUCUGUGAGCAGGAUUUUAGUUCUCUUGUCCAUUCCUGCUUGUUGAUCCUUCCUGUAAAAUCCAGUGGCAUUAUCUUUUAUAGCUGUGAUUGUCUGUGGGAGUACUUCCACAGAGUUCCCAUAGAGGGGGAAAUGCUACAUCCCAAAUGAUCCUCUCAUUGGCCUGAGAGAGAUUGUAGAAGCACUAACACAUGCCACGUUUGA